GCGUCGAAUUUUCGCUUCCGCGCUUCGAACAUGAAGCUUCCUGCAUCGUGCACGUGAAUGCUGGUUAUGGCAACUUCCUAUCUGCUCUCUCGAGUGAUCUAAUGCGAUGCUCUUGUUGCAGACCCGAUUUUUGAACCGUAUGUGGAUGUCGCCGGUUGCAAGAUCGCCGUGCUUGAGGACGAUAUAUACGGAGGCGACGGCGAUCAGCUGGGGCUGGUGGUGACCGGGUGCUACUCUCUCCACCGCGCGGAGGAUGAUGCGAGCAGUGACGGAGAAGGACACGAGGAAGACGGAGCCUUCGAGCAGCAGCCCGAGGAGUGCAGACAGGGGUCGCCUCGUAGAGGAGACGCCGCCGUGGACAGGAGUGGCUCUGGAGACCAAGAGGAUCCCGACGGGGAGCAGCAGAGAGAUCCGUUGCGGAAAAAGCUUGUCCGAAGUGGGGAAAGGGCGUUCCAGUGUGGUGUAUGCAAGAAGAACUUUACCCACAAAAGUCUUUUUGAUAGGCACACCAAGACACACACUGGCGAGAAACCGUAUAAAUGUGAUGUUUGUAGUAAGCGGUUUUCCCUAAAAGGUAACCUAAAUGCCCACGUGAAGACCCACAAUGGCACAUUUGAAUGUGACACUUGUAAUAUGCGUUUUUCCCAAAAGUGCACUCUUAAACGCCACGUCAGGGCCCACACUGGCGUGGAGAAACCAUACCAAUGUGACACUUGUAAUAAGCGCUUUUUCUAUAAAUGCAAGCUUGAAUACCACGCCAGGACGCACACUGGCGAGAAACCAUAUAAAUGCGACAUUUGUAACAAGCGGUUUGCCUUACAAGGGAAUCUUAAUGCUCACCUGAGGACCCACAAUGGCACAUAUGAAUGUGACACUUGUAAUAUGCGUUUUUCCCAAGAAUGCACACUUCAACGCCACGUCAGGGCCCACACUGGCGAGGAGAAACCAUACCAAUGUGACACUUGUAAUAAGCGCUUUUCCCAUAAAUGCAGGCUUGAAUACCACGCCAGGACGCACACUGGCGAGAAACCGUAUGAAUGUGACACUUGUAAAAGGCGUUUCAACCAUAAACGCAACCUUGAAGCCCACAUCAGGACCCACACUGGCGAGAAACCAUUUGAAUGUUACAUUUGUAACAGGCGUUUCAUCCAGAAAAAUAUCCUUGACUCCCACGUCAGGAUCCACACUGGCGAAAAACCAUUUGCAUGUGACAUUUGUAAACAGCGUUUUCGCACCAAAUCCAUGUUUUGUCGUCACGAGAAAACACACUGUGCUGCCGCAGAUCUGUAAAUCUUUCGCUUUUCAUGCAGUUGGCUACUCACACCUUGAGUCUCUUAAGUUUUAGUGUAUUAUUUAUAGAUUUUUGAUAAGACAAAAUGUUUACGACAGUCUAGUCGGUUAUUUAGUGUUUGCCAUUGUGUUUCAGGAAUAGAUAUGAUUGUAAUCACUUAAUCAAAAAAUAAAACCGCAAACAUGUUCCUUUGUGCAACAAGUUGAAU